AUGGCGACUUCGGAAAAGCUGGCUCAAAUUGCCACCAACAUUGUGUUGGAGAAGGCAGCGAAGGACAAGUUGGCUGCUGCUGCUGCGCAGCAGCAGAAGCUGCAGCAGCAGCAGCAGCAAAGGACAGUCUCCAACUUAUCCGCGGUUGAAUCCGGUAAGCUUCUCGCAGCGCAGUUUGCCCAUGCACCACAGCAGCAGCAGCAGCAGCAGCAGCAGCAGCAACAGCAGCAGCAGCAGCAACAGCAGCAGCAGCAGCAGCAGCAGCAGCAGCAGCAGCAGCAGUUGCUGCUGUGGACUUUUUGCUGCAGAGGAAGCGGAGGGAAAGGGCCUCGACGAUUUGUCUCACUGGCGUGA